GGAAUUUCGAAACAGGGAACAACUUCUAACUCGAGAUAACUGUUUUCGAUUGACUGACUCAGACCUCAAUUGGAUGAGUCUCAAGUGAAUGCGCCCCUUCUGCAGAUUCGCACGAACUGCUGGCCACCUGCAAAACACUUUCCCACGAUACAAAGCAAGAAGCUUCACAGCUACCACACAAGUCAACAAAUAUCAACCUCCGAAAUUCCAGAAGCAAAAAGACCCGAUCAUGGCUACAACUACUCUGAAGGGUCAGCCCUUCGACCGCCCGGUCCUCGACUCCAUGCUGCGACGGCGCAUGUUCUAUACUCCCUCCUUCGAAGUUUAUGGUGGUGUUGCUGGCCUUUACGACUACGGUCCUCCGGGUUGUGCUCUGCAAACCAACGUCGUUGAUUUAUUCCGCAAACACUUUGUCUUGGAGGAGGAUAUGCUGGAGGUAGAUUGUACGGCUCUCACUCCUGCUGAGGUUCUCAAGACAAGUGGGCACGUGGACAAAUUCGCGGAUUGGAUGUGCAAGGACCCAAAGAAUGGCGAUAUCAUGAGAGCAGAUCACUUUGUUGAGGAGAUCUUGGAGUCGCGGCUGAAGGGCGAUAAGGAGGCGAGAGGUGUGAAGGUUGAAGAGAAGGAGGACGAUCCCAAAAAGAAAAAGAAGAAGGUCAAGGCUACGGAAGCUGUCAAGCUUGACGAUGCCGUUGUUCAGGAGUAUGAAGAGAUCUUGGCGAGGAUUGAUAACUACAAUGGCGAGGAAUUGGGUCAGUUGAUCAAGAAGUAUGAGAUGAAGAACCCAGCUACUGGUGUUGAGCCUUUGCCUCCUGUGGAAUUCAACCUCAUGUUCAACACACCUAUCGGCCCAAGCGGCAACCUGGCAGGCUACUUGCGACCAGAGACCGCACAAGGCCAAUUCCUCAACUUUGCCAAGCUCCUGGACUUCAAUCAACAACAGAUGCCAUUCGCGUCUGCUUGUAUUGGCAAGUCCUACAGAAACGAAAUCUCUCCCCGAUCUGGCCUUCUCCGAGUCCGAGAAUUCUUGAUGGCUGAGAUUGAGCAUUAUGUUGACCCUCAUGGCGGCAAGAAGCACCACCGCUUCGAGGAGGUCAAGGAUGUUGAGCUUGUGCUCCUCAACCGCCAUACUCAAUUGGCUGGUCAGACCCACGUCAAGAAGGUAGCUAUUGGCAAGGCGGUUGCAGAUGGUACCGUGGAUAACGAGACCUUGGGCUACUUCUUGGCACGUAUCCAUCUCUUCUUGGAGAAGAUUGGUAUCGAUCAAACAAAGCUUCGAUUCAGGCAACACAUGGCUAAUGAGAUGGCUCACUAUGCUGCUGACUGCUGGGAUGCUGAGCUCCAAACCAGCUACGGCUGGAUUGAGUGCGUUGGCUGUGCAGACAGGAGUGCUUACGAUCUCACAGUCCAUGCUAAGAAGACCGGUGCCCCAUUGGUGGUGCGUGAGAGGUUGGCAGAACCCAUCACCGUCGAAGAAUGGCAGAUCGACCUCGACAAGAAGAAGUUCGGUCCUCACUUCAAGAAGGAUGGCAAGACUGUCGAGGCUGCUGUCGAGGCUCUUCCACAAGAAAAGCGGGAAGCAUUGGCUCAAGAUCUCAAGCUCGAGGGCAAGAUUACCAUUGAUGUUGAGGGCGUCGGUAAUGGCAAGGUCGAGAUUAGCAAGGAUCUUAUUGUCAUCGAGCGCCGGAAGCGCGUUGAGAACACGAGAGAAUUCACACCAAAUGUUAUCGAGCCCUCGUUCGGUAUUGGCAGGAUUAUCUAUUGCUUGAUGGAGCAUACCUACUGGACCCGUGGCAGUGAUGGUGGUGAUGAAGCACGUGGUGUUCUCUCAUUCCCACCAAUAGUAGCACCUAGCAAGGUCCUGCUUGUGCCCCUCUCCACUCACGAAAGCUUCAAGCCUCUUCUACGGCACAUGUCGCUCAAGCUCCGCUCUUUGGGCGUCUCCAGCCGAGUAGAUGACUCUUCAGCAUCAAUUGGCAAGCGGUACAGCCGAAAUGAUGAGUUGGGUACUCCUCUCGGUAUCACCAUCGACUUCCAGAGUGUCCAGGACAAGACAUACACCCUGCGAGAUCGCGAUUCCACGAAGCAGGUUCGUGCUGAUGAGGAGACGAUCUUGACGGCUAUCAAGUCCUUGGUGGAAGGCGAGAAGGUUUGGGCCGAUAUCGAGAAGGAGUUGCCUACAUUUGAGGGCCAAGAAGUUGAAGUGCCAGUUCGCUAAGAGAUUUCUUUGGAAGAACAAAUUCUUGUAGGAUGCUUAGACCUUGUUAUGAAGAUGAUAUAGAAUUGCUAGGAGGAUCAAAAGUAGCUCUUGUGUAACUUUCUUGUGUAACUCGAGGCGCCUUUCACAUGAGUCUUGAUGAAUCAUCACGUGCAUGUCUGCUACUGUAAAGGCCGCAUUUCUAGGCCUCAUUGAUAGUUUCCAGAACAAUGUACGACAGCUGCACCACAGGCAUGACGCAGAGAAGCCGGCUGCACGACGCUGGAAGGGAACUACAGUACCAUCGAAGCAGGCCCAGAA